AUAUAUAUAAAUAAUUAAAGAGAGAACUAUAAUUCUCUACAUGUAGAGAGUUAGAAGAUCAUAAUAAAUAAAUAAAUAAAUAAAUGGAGAAAUAUUUAAGGAAGAAUUUUGACGUGGAAGCAAAGAGACCCUCCGAGGAAGCUUUGAUACGGUGGAGAUCCGCCGUCUCCGUCGUCAAGAAUCGUCGCCGGAGGUUUCGCAUGGUCGCUGAUCUUCAGAAAAGAGCUGAAGCUGGAAAAAAACGCCUCAAACUUCAGGAAAAGAUAAGAGUAGCCUUAUGUGUUCAAAAAGCAGCAUUACAAUUCAUUGCUGCUGGAAACAAAGCUAAACACAAGCUCUCCAAAGAGGCAGAGGAAGCUGGUUUCGGGGUUGAAUCGAAUGAGCUCUCGAACAUAGUUCGAUCCCACGAUGAAAUAACUCUAAAACAACAUGGAGGAGUUGAAGGCAUAGCAAGACAAUUAUGUGUUUCAUUGAAAGAUGGUAUACUUUCAACUGAUUUAACUGUCAGACAAAACAUUUAUGGACAAAAUCGUUUUGUUGAGAAACCCCCUAAAGGUUUUUGGAUGUUUGUUUGGGAUGCUUGUCAAGAUUUAACACUCAUAAUACUUAUGAUUUCUGCUGCAACAUCAAUUGGUGUUGGUGUUGCAACUGAAGGUUGGCCAAAUGGUAUGUAUGAUGGUUUAGGAAUUUUACUUAGUAUUUUCCUUGUUGUUAUGGUAACUGCAAUUAGUGACUACAAACAAUCUUUGCAAUUUCGGGAUUUGGAUAAGGAAAAGAAGAACAUCGCGGUUCAAGUGACAAGAGAUGGUUGUAGACAAAAGAUUUCGAUAUAUGAACUACUAGUUGGUGAUCUUGUUCAUCUUUCUAUCGGUGAUCAGGUUCCUGCUGAUGGGAUAUUUGUUUCGGGAUACAGCUUAACUGUUGAUGAAUCAAGCUUGUCUGGGGAAAGUGAGCCAAUGAAUGUAAGUAAAAACCGCCCUUUUCUCUUGUCCGGUACAAAGGUACAAGAUGGUUCUGGUAAAAUGCUUGUGACAGCAGUUGGUAUGAGGACUGAAUGGGGAAGACUUAUGGAGACAUUAAGUGAAAGUUGUGGUAAUAAUGAGACUCCUCUUCAAGUUAAGCUUAAUGGGGUUGCAACAAUUAUUGGGAAAAUCGGUUUGGUUUUUGCUGUUUUAACUUUCUUUGUUCUAACAACAAGGUUUUUAGUUGAAAAGGCAAUGCAUAAUCAAAUGGGAAAUUGGUCUUCAAAUGAUGCUAUGGAGCUUUUGAAUUUCUUUGCAAUUGCAGUUAUAAUCAUUGUUGUUGCUGUACCGGAAGGACUUCCUUUAGCUGUGACAUUAAGUCUUGCUUUUGCUAUGAAGAAAUUAAUGUCUGAUAAAGCUCUUGUGAGACACUUAUCUGCAUGUGAGACAAUGGGUUCUGCUACUUGUAUUUGUACUGAUAAAACUGGUACUUUGACCACGAAUCAUAUGGUCGUCAACAAGAUAUGGAUGUGUGAAAAUGUUAAAACGAUAACAAAUGAUGAAAGAGCAGAAAGUGAGGUGAAAUCCUUUGUCUCUCAGAGAGUUGUUAGCUAUCUUUUACAAUCGAUAUUCUUGAAUACUACAUCUGAGGUGGUUAAAGGGAAAGAUGGGAAAAGAAAUACAAUCGGUACCCCAACAGAAGCUGCUUUAGUAGAGUUCGGUUUACAUUUGGGAGGUAAUUCAAAAACUUAUAGUAAAGAUUAUGAGAUAGUAAAAGUUGAACCUUUUAACUCAUCAAAGAAACAAAUGUCUGUUCUUGUGGCUCUACCGAAUGGAGACGGGUUUAGAGCAUUUCGUAAAGGAGCUUCGGAGAUUGUGUUGGGAGUUUGUGACAAAGUUUUGAAAUCUAAUGGAGAAGUUGUGAGUUUAUCUGAAGAGCAAAGAAGUAACAUCUCAAAUGUUAUAAAUGAUUUUGCUUGUGAAGCUUUAAGAACUCUUUGUUUAGGUUUCAAAGAUGUUAAAGAUAAUUGUGAUGGAGAUAGUAUUCCUGAUGGAAAUUAUACACUUGUAGCUGUUGUUGGAAUUAAGGAUCCUGUUCGUCCCGGUGUGAAAGAAGCUGUUAAGAGUUGUUUGGAUGCUGGUAUAACUAUUAGAAUGGUAACUGGUGAUAACAUUCAUACUGCUAAAGCUAUUGCUAGAGAAUGUGGAAUCUUGACUGAAGACGGUUUGGCUAUAGAAGGGCCCGAAUUUCGCAACAAAAAUCCACAGGAAAUCGAUGAAUUGUUACCAAAACUACAGGUAAUGGCUAGAUCAAUGCCUUUGGACAAACACACAUUAGUAGCUCAUUUGAGGAAUAGUGUGUUAAGGGAAGUUGUGGCGGUGACCGGUGAUGGGACAAACGAUGCUCCGGCUUUGCAUGAAGCCGACAUUGGACUUUCCAUGGGAAUUGCAGGAACUGAGGUUGCAAAAGAAAACUCUGAUGUGAUUAUAAUGGAUGAUAACUUCACUACAAUAGUGAAUGUUGUUAGAUGGGGUCGAGCUGUUUACAUCAACAUUCAAAAGUUUGUUCAGUUUCAGUUGACAGUUAAUGUUGUUGCUCUUAUGCUUAACUUCAUUUCAGCAUGCAUCUCAGGGUCUGCUCCACUCACUGCAGUUCAAAUGCUUUGGGUGAAUUUGAUAAUGGACACUCUUGGUGCUCUAGCUUUGGCUACUGAACCACCAAAUGAUGGUUUAAUGAAAAGGCCACCAAUUGGAAGAAAUGUAAAUUUCAUUACUCCAAUAAUGUGGAGAAACAUAAUUGGGCAAAGCAUUUACCAGAUUGGGGUUCUUUUAGUUCUUAAAUUUUAUGGCAAACAAAUCUUAAAUCUCACUGAUUCAAAUUCUACUUCAGUUCUCAACACAGUUAUAUUCAACUCCUUUGUGUUUUGCCAGAUAUUCAAUGAAGUCAACAGCAGAGACAUGGAGAAAAUCAAUGUUUUCAAAGGCAUGUUUGAGAGUUGGCCAUUUAUGAUGGUUAUGGUCUCUACAGUAGUUUUCCAAGUCAUUAUAGUUGAACUUUUGGGGACUUUUGCUGGAACUGUACCUCUAAGUUGGGAAUUUUGGCUACUUAGCAUCUUGAUCGGAGCGGUUAGUUUACCGGUAGCUGUUGUCUUCAAGUUCAUUCCAGUUAAAAUCAAAACCAAGAAUCAUCAUCAUCAUGAUGGUUAUGAAGCUCUACCAAGUGGACCAGAAUUGGUAUAAAAUAACAAGCUAAUAUAGCAAAUAAAUCAGUUGGAUUAUUCAAUUUUCAGCACAUUAAUUUUAAUUUUCAUGACAAUUUUGAUUGAUUAAUUUAAUUAAUUGUUUCCAA